AUGAAGUUCUCCAUUGCUGUUAUUGCUACCCUGGCCGCUGCUGCCUCUGCCCAGUACAGUGGCUCUCAGCCUCAGUACCAGCAGCAGCCCCAGCAAUACCAGGCGCAGCCCCAGUACCAGCAGCCGUGGCAAUACACCCAAUCGCAGAAUAAGUACUCCCCUGCUGAAGAGCAGGCCUGGCACAACUGCAUCGACCGCCUUCUUGACCAGUUUAACGCCGGCAACACGGGCAGCUCGGUUUCUUGCUCCACUUUCAAGUGCCUCGAUGACGCUGCUGCCCAGUACAGCCGCGGUGGAGCUCUCGCUGGCCUUGGACAGGUUGUUUCCUUGGCCUGCAACUUCGGCGGAAUCAUCCCUAAAUGGCUCUGA